GUUAGUCUUGCAGCGUAAAAGUUGCUUCUCUAUUCCGAACGUUUCUUGUUCGGCGGAAUGACUGAUUGCAACAAGAGACCCUGCGGCGAGACAGCCACCGCGCUGCCCGAAACCAGCGGCGGCGCUCAACCGCAAGAGGGGUUUCCUCUCCCAGACACCAUAGUCCUCAGUGAGGUUUUGCGUAGAUUGGAGCUGGAGUCACUUUGCGCUCUGGCCUGCGUGAGUCGGUCUCUCCGUUCUAUGGUCUCUCAAGCUCUUUCCACUCUUCCAUCUCUUGAUCUUUCUGCAUUUUCACCGAAUGGGGAACUUCUUCAUCGCAUUGUUCCGAGAUUAAGAGGAGCUAAGAGUGUAACUAUUGAUUGUCUCCACUUGGAUGAUUGCUCCGUCAUCAGCGUUCUUGGACCACAUAUCCAAGAAUUGAAUCUGCUCAAGUGUGCAUCACUAUCCUAUGAUGUUCUUGCUUCAAUUGGAGAGAAGUGCCCUAAUUUGAGGAUUCUUGUUCUUGAAUUGGCAGGGGAGAGCUCACCUGAAAUUUUUAGGAGAAACCUCAUAAAAAUGCUGAAGAAAUUUCUUUAUUUGGAGCAUCUAUCUAUAAAAGUCCGUGGAACAGAGGAUGAUGCAUAUGAUUUAGCUUGCAUUGAUGUUGUCCUCCCAAAGACUCUGAAAUUUCUCAAGUUGCAGCCGGUGAAUGAACAAGAUGCUAUUCUGUUUGUAGAGAAACUCGGAUAUGAAAGAGAGAUUCCAAGCAAAUUGGUCAAUUCUAGUAUCGACUCGUCUUUAGGCUUUAGUGGUUUUGCAUUGCAACGCUUGUCACUCGUCCUGAAUCUCAUAUCUGAUAGACUUGUGGCCUCUAUCAUGGGCUCACUUCCGCUCUUGGUUGAGCUGGAUCUUGAAGACAGGCCAUGUACAGAACCAAAACUCCCUCAUGACUUGACUAACAUCGGGUUGCAGUUUCUAGGCUCCUUUCAGCAUCUAACUCAUCUCUCAAUUGUGAGAAGUAGACAAAACUAUCCAGUGUCUUUUAAAAGAAUAAACGAUUUGGGUUUAUUACUUCUGUGUGAGAGUUGUCGAGCCCUAGAAUCUGUAAGACUUGGUGGGUUUUCUAAAGUUACUGAUGCAGGAUUUUCGUCACUUCUACGGUCAUGUUACAAUUUGAAGAAGUUUGAGAUUCAGAACGCACCAUUGUUGUCAGACUUGGCAUUCCACAACAUCGUUGGAGUUGUCUCACCUCUUGUUGAAUUGAAAUUAAACUCGUGCAAUCUCAUAACUAGUGAAGCUGUUGCAGAACUGGCCUCGUCUAGUACCUUGGAAGUGCUGGACACAUACAGUUGCAGAAGCAUAGCAGACAAUUGCCUUGUCUACAUAUCAUUCCUUAGUACAUUGACGUCUCUUAAUCUGGGAGGAGCUGAUAUUACAGAUGGUGGUCUCGGUGUUUUGAGUAAAUGUGAUCUACCUAUAACCAAUUUGUGCCUGAGAGGAUGCACCAGAGUAACUGACCGAGGAAUUAUAUGCUUACUCAACAGCGGUGUGAGGAUCAAGAAGACUUUAUCAUCUUUGGAUGUCGGCCACAUGCCAGGAAUAUCAGAUAGAGCCAUUCAUGCAAUUAUUUCCAGCGGUGAAGCAAUUACCGAACUAUGCAUGAGAUACUGCUUUCAUGUGACUGAUGAUUCGCUUAGAACAUUGGCUUCAGGGAGGUACAGUGGAAGUAGUCUCCUCCAAAAACUUGAUAUUAGUCACUGUUUGCGAUUCUCUGUUGGGGUAGUGGAGUUGCUAGAAAGGCCUUUGUUCCGUGGUCUUCGUUGGCUUGGCGUUGGUGGUACUUCUUUGACGAAGAGGGCAGAUGUUAUUGGAAUCUGCAGAAUGCGGCCAUGGCUCACCAUUUGUUUCGAAGGUUGUGAACUUGGAUGUCACGAUGGAUGGCAAUACCACAAGUAUAAUGAUGGCAACUAAACGCUUAAGACGGCCUUUGAAUGUAUUUUAAUCCUCGGUAUUUUUUCAUCCUUAGUUGAAUCACAAACU